UUCGGGACGUGUGCAUCCAGAGUGGUGUGGUGGUGGUCUCGUCUGCCAGUCCUCUAGCGGUGCUCGGUCACAUACAGCCCAUGAAAUACUAAAUAUUAUUACACAAGGGAAGGUGAAUGUAGCGCAUCAUAUAUACACUGAAUUACGUUAUUCACUGGCAAACUAUCCCACAAACUUUCUGCAACCUGUGAGUCGCGAGGAAGUUUUAGAAGUAUGAUCCGGCUCCUCUGCAACGUUCUUCUGCUGGCAGGUGUGGCAUCAGCACAUUCCCAACAAGACUUGUUAGAUCGCUACGUGUACGAGCAGCAUGUAGCGGAGGAGCAGAGCCAAGACGAGGAGGGACACGUGUCCUCAGAGACACUGCUGCCUUCCUUCACCGCCGCCAGCCAGCACUUCUCGGUGGAGGUGGGCGGGGACAUAACCUUCCCGUGCCAAAUGAAGAACCAAGGAAGCCAUGUGUUAAUGUUCAAACAUGCUCUGCCCAACGGUGAACAUCGAAUGCUUUUCGUAGGAAACAUGGCUCUGAAGCCCUCCAAAAGACUGAUCAAGAGCGGGAACUCCUUCACACUGCGCGGAGUACGAAGAAGUCACGCCGGCAAGUACGUGUGUCGCAUCGAGACGUCCCCGGCCAAAGAGUUGAUACACACACUGGACGUGCAGUACCCUGCUACGGUGAGGAGGGUCAGCCCGGCCGUGCAGCAAGUAGUGCAGGGAUCGGGUGUAACUCUGGAGUGCCAAGCUGACGGCAAUCCCCCAGCCGCCAUCAGCUGGAGCCGCCAGCAGGGUCACCUUCCUUCCGGGGCUCAAGCCGUGGAGGGCCUGAGUCUCACUCUAGAGGGAGUUGACCGGCACGUGGAGGGAACCUAUGUGUGCACAGCCUCUAACGGUGUGGGCCAACCCUCGGCCACUACCAUGGCCAUCGAGGUGCAAUACCCGCCGGACAUCAUCACGGAGGAGGCCAUCCUGCACACUGGUGAGGGUGACGAGGCGUCUCUCACGUGUGUAGUUCACGGUCGCCCAACGCCCACCAUCACCUGGACCAAGGAAGACAACCCUUUGAUUCUUGACUCACACGUGUCCUACCAGCACAACCUGCACCGCCACACCCUCACCAUCUUCACCGUCAGGCAGGACGACUUCGGGGACUACUCCUGUACUGCUAAAAACGCACUGGGCAGCAUCAAGAAAACUCUCAGACUUACGGGAGUUCCCAAAGUGCCAAGAAUCACAAGCAGUUCAGCAGGAGCAGACCUUACCUCGUACACCAUAGUUUGGCGGACGGAGAGCCACACGCCCAUCGUCAUGUACCGCCUGCAGUACCGUAUAUAUAUGGGAUACCCGCACGACCUGUCUGGAAACCAGUGGAGCGUCAGCCUUCACUCUGCUCAGGCGGCUGGGCGAGAGUCAGCGGGGCCCGAGCAGUACAUGAGCCACACCUUGCAAGGUCUUCAGCCCUCUACGGAUUACGAACUGACUGUCGCAGUGGAGAACAAAUUUGGAUGGUCCGCAAGAUCUGAAGUAUUUCGUUUUUAUACAAGAAAAGACACUGGUAUGGGAGAGGCUGCAGGAAACAGCAUCGCUUUGUCUGCCCCAAGACUGACUGUGUUUCUUCUGGCAGUGUUUUUAUCCUUAACUGCCUCCUGCCUCUGAAUACUAAGGUAACUCACUUCUAAUUUGGUUUCUACCGCUGCUGUCUUUAAAAGAAAAAAAAAGAAAAAAAAAAGAAAAAGGAUUUACAUCAGUUUCUUUUCCUUCUUUUUCAAUAUAACAAACGUCUGAAGACAGUAAAAAAAACUUUCGCUCCUGUAAUGGGAAAUAGAAGUGUCUGAAGAAGAACUGGUCAAUACAAAUGUGUCGUCUUGAAAACAAAACUAUAAUAUAUGUUGUAAAA